AUGGCUAUUUCCCUCUGCAUCUCCUUUAUCCACUACUAUUCCAGCAGUGAGAACUUGUUAUCUGGCAACUUCAUAUGCAACUUUAUCUUGUUUGGCUUCCAUUUCAUCUUGUAUGGCAGCAUCCUCUUCCUCACCUACUUUAACCUCUUCCGCUACUUGAUGAUCAUUCACCCCAUGAGAACAAGAUAAACAGUGAUGGUUUGUGCUGCAGUGGGAAUCGUUUCCCUUCCUUUCAUUCAUACCUUACUGAUUACCAACAAAAUUCCUAACUGAUCCUCUUGCUUUGACUUAACUAGCUCAGAGAACCUCUCCGUUGUCAAAUAAUGUAAUUUGCUUCUGACUACCAACACCUUCUUCUUACCCUUGGUGUUCACGACCCUCUGCUAUACAGCAAUUAUCUGCAUUUUAACUCGAGCACCUCAUACUCACAGCUACUAUAGGCAGAAAUCUAGGAGACUUGCCAUUCUCCCCCUACUGGUGUUUUACAUCUGCUUUUUGCCCUCUCGUGUCUGGAGGGGCAUUUGGUUUGAAUAUCAACUCCUUUCUGUUAGCUGCUACACUGAAAAUCAAAUUCAUGAUACUUAGGUGGAUUCUAGGCCGUUAGUUGCCCUAAACAGGUUUGGUAACCUGUUCCUAUCUGCUGUGUUAGGAAACAACUUCUGUCAGGCAUUCUGCUCUUUUUCAAGGUGCAAAUCAAACAUUUAA